AUGCCUCCAAAGAAGAAGAGUGCCUCGUUGAAAGGGGAAGAAGCACAUAAAGUAGUCGAACAGUAUCUAUGUUCGCAAAGGAAACCGUUUGCAAUUAAUGAUAUUGUUCAAAACUUACAUGGAAAAAUUACCAAAAAUGAUACUGUGAAAAUACUAGAAGAAUUAGUUCAAGAUGAUAAAAUUAUUUUAAAAACCUUUGGAAAAAUACUAAUUUAUUCUUCAAAGGACGUGGAUAUCAAUUAUGAAGAAGAAUUUGGAAAAAAUGAGUUAGAAGGAAAAUAUAGUUAUCAAUGUUUAACCCAAUUAAAUGAAGAAUUGAUGGAACUAAGUAGGGAUGAGACCACAGCUAAGAAAGAACUCGAAGAGACACUUAAAAUUCCCACAAAUGAGCAGCUGAGGUUAGACGUUCAACAACUUGAAAUGGAAGUAGAAAAUUUCCAGGAAUCCUUGAAGAAUGUCAAGGAGAAUACUAACGCUGAAACAAGAUUAGAAUGUACACACAUUUUGAAUACAACUAUAUCUUUGGAAAAAGAAAUUCGACUUCGAAAGAAAAUAUUCAAUAAUAUUGUUUUAAUAAUAAAGGAUCAAGUGAGACCCAAAUCAAUGAAAGAAUUCAUGGAGGAUAUUGGUGUUGAAAAUUAUAUUUAG